AUGUUUUGGGGGAGGAAGAAGAAAGAAGAAGAAAAACAACAACAACCAAAAAAGAAGAAAAUCUGUUGCGCGUGUCCAGAGACGAAAGAACCGAGAGAUCAGUGCGUGGGAGAAUUCGGCGCGGAGGACGAGAGAUGCAAGAAAUUAGUGGAAGCGCACUUGGUGUGUUUACGAAAGGAAGGAUUUGACGUGUGA